AUGUCAACCUCCUCAUACAUCUUGACGUUGCCUCCCAUCUCCAUCAAUCUUCGUCCUCCCCUCCAGGCACUAUGCCCCCUCCCAGCCGGGGAGGAGGUCUGGAAGGAAUACCCGGAAUUGCGCCAACUCAUCCUCGGCUUCGUACCGCUUCGGAGGCUGCCUAGAUUCAUGCUACUGGGAAAGGAGUAUAUGGCGGACGUAGCGGCGGUGAUGUAUCAUACCGUGGGAUGGAAGCAGGUCCGGAACAACAUGACUGUCGCGACGGCUCGCCAACGUUUAUACUGCGCCGCCGUUCACACUAUCGACGCCCGGAAGCUGGAGCCUACCCCUGCCAUGCUGCACCUACACGACCUCAUCGUAACGCAGCUUCGGCGGAAGUUUACGCGGCUUCGCUGCACCCUAUUCGGUACCACGCAUCAUACGUUCGGAGGGGACGAGUGGACCGUCCACUUUGAUGAACCUGCCGAUGGGGACCAAGGAGAUGAGGGCGUAUUUACCGUCUACCAUACGCUCGCUUACAACGUCUCGGCGCCCCCUCCAUCAGCGGGCCCGGACGACGCAGGCUCCCAGGACGACGCAGGGCAGUGGCUGCAUGCCCUACGCGGUCCUCGCUUCGCUGGUCUCUGUGCGGGGAUUGAUCUCGCCAAUCUACCAGUAUCUCUCAAGGACCUCGUCAAACUAUAUCAAAAUCAAACGGCGGCGGGAUUGGACGGGCGAUUGUCUCAAAUCGUCGCGAAAUCGCUCAUCGGCUUCACCGUCCCCCUCUUUCGGUCAUUCGCGGCGGAGGCGGGCUCGGCGCUGACCUGCCUGAGACUGUCGUCUGAGCGGACCGGCGCUGCGUCCGGAGUUGCCUUCCAGGAUUUGCCGCAAUUCGUGGGCAUCGUCCGCGAACACCUACCUUCGCUCGUCCAACUCUCCUUCCACCUCCAGAUCCAGGAGGAGGAGGAGGCAAAUUGCGUCCUCCCAUACGACACCCUUCGGUCCGGCGGAAAGGUCAGAAUACUACGCAUCACCACGGACAAUUACAAGGGGUCCAUGUUCAAUCUGCUCCGACUUCUGGUCCCUAUGUGCACCGAAAAUCUGUCGAGAUUCGCGGUGGAUGUCCAGACUGAGUAUGACAACCGGGACUGGCGCUCAUACCAACAGUCAGAGUACAUCAAAGAGCUACGACGCCAGCCCGCGAUCCGGCGAACCCACUUGGCGACAAUCGACUGGGCUACUCUCGGUGUCACAAAGCCUUUGGAAGUCGCGCAUAUUGAAUACUCUGCGGAUGGACGUCCUCAACAUCUUCAGGAAGGCGCGGCAGUGUUGCGGUUCAGCGCGGCCAAUGAUCUACGGGACAAGCUCGCGAGGGACAUCGUCCCUGGGUUACGGCGGGCUGCGAUGCGCCAGACCGAGACGGCCCAGGCAUUUCGAACUGCCGCAUCCAGCGCAGUCGAGCCAAUCGGGACCGUCAAAGAGCUGGAAAAACUGGUGGUAUCCAUCAAGGAUUUCCAGAACGUGGUGGGACAGGCCCGCGAGAGGUUCGAGACGAUCGACCGCGUGAGGACGGCGUUGAGGCGGGAUAGGUGGAAGUUGGAGUACGAAUUGGGUAGGGGAAUGACGGAGGAGGAGUAG